UCCCGUCCCCAUUCUUUACUCGACACGUAACGGAAGACGACACAAACGGACCAACGUCUGCCACACGACUACUGUGCGAGCUGUGAUGUUGGCUGAAAAAAUUGGAAAACAGUUGGGCCACCCAACGCGCUCAGUGGCUGGAUGGCUGGUCAGCAGGUUUCUCGCAGCGCGUAACCAUCUCCUUGAAGAGAAUGCUGUGCAGCUGAGUGGGAUCCAGCCUGGGGAUACAGUACUGGAGCUGGGUCAUGGCCCAGGACUUGGUCUGCUGUCAGCUGCCAAACUCCUCACAGAGCCCUCAGGCCACCUUAUAGGGGUGGAUUACUCAGAGUACAUGCAUAAGAUGGCAAGCAAAAAAAUGAAGGAUCUUAUUGGAAGUGGGAAAGUGACUCUACACCUCUGUGAUGUAGCAGCAAUGCCUCUGUCUGACAACACCGUGGAUAAAGUAUUUCACUGUAACUGCUACUACUUCUGGCCUGACCUCAAGAAGGGAGCCACAGAGAUACACCGGGUAAUGAAACCAGGAGGCCUGAUGGUGACCACACUGAGACUAUCUAUGGUGGCUACUAUGGCAGCAAAGCGUGUGAUGCCAGGACAGAACUGGCGACCAGACAACUACAUGAUGGCUCUGAGAGACUCUGGCUUCACUGAUGUCAGAAUGGAAGACAGACAGCAUAAACAAAUUAAUUUUCAGGUUAUCUAUGCUACUGCUUUGAAAUAAGAUUGAAACAAACUAGAAUUUUGCAGCCCAAUGUAUGUCUGCCUUCUCCUGUGAUUGUCAGGUCUGUUAGUACUUUUUCAACAUGGAAAUGUUGUAAUUUCUAUCAAUGAAAACAAAUGCCCGAUCA